GGUCAGAUUAGGGUACUCAAAAUCCUGUCCAUAUACAGGCUAUACUGCCAAUCAAAAGGAACGAACGAAUCGGUCAAACCCCAUGAAAGUUCUCCAGAAGAAGCAACACCGCAAUUUUCCUCGCUUUGAAGAAAAAAUUUGGCAGCCUAUAAAUGAAAAUGGAAACUACUAGGAAGUUAACAAAACCCUUUUGUCAUGAUGGAUUCAAGGGUCUAUUUCAGUUUGUUGGUUUUGUUUACAGCCUUUUUUAUCGCAACCCACUGUCUUCCUCAGCCAGAGGAACAUGCUGCCUUAUUCAUCUUUGGAGAUUCAACAUAUGAUGCUGGAAAUAAUAACUAUAUCAAAACCACUGAUUAUUACCGAUCGAAUUAUGUGCCAUAUGGGGAAACCUUUUUCAAACGCUCUACUGGGAGAUUUUCGGAUGGCCGUUUAGCGUCAGAUUUUAUUGCUGAAUUUGCAAAGUUACCGUACAUUACACCAUAUUUACAACCUGGUUAUAAUCAAUUUACUGAUGGGGCAAACUUCGCAUCUGCUGGAGCUGGUGCUCUUGCUGAAACUUACAAGUCAGGAAAUUUGAUAGACCUAAAAUCUCAACUAAGUUAUUUCACGAACUUUGAGAGGCAGUUGAUCCAAAAACUAGGUGAUGCAAAAGCUAAGGCAUUAUUGUCAAGAGCAGUAUACUUAAUUGCCAUUGGCAGCAAUGAUUAUGCAGCUGCUGUCUCUGCGAAUUCCAGUGCGAGUCCAGAAGAAUACGUAAACAUGGUGAACGGCAAUUUGACAUCUGUGAUCAGAGAAAUAUAUAAUAAAGGAGGAAGGAAAUUUGGUAUUCCAAACUUAGAGCCAAUGGGUUGUCUUCCAUCGGCAAAAGCAGUAAAUCCAAGCAACACAAGUGCAUGCUUCCAGGCACUAAAUGACCUAACACAAUUACACAAUAAAGCACUUUCAGAAGCCCUCCAGAAGCUAGCGAACGAGCUCGACGGGUUCAAGUAUUCAUUAGCCGAUGCUUACACUGCUCUUAGUGACAAAAUAAAUAACCCUUCAAAAUAUGGGUUCAAGGAAGCGAAUAUUGCAUGCUGUGGAAGUGGUCCAUUCAGGGGAACUAAUAGUUGUGGAGGGAAGAGAUUAUCUAAUAAGUAUGAAUUAUGUGAAAAUGUUAGUGAAUAUGUGUUUUUUGACGGUGGUCAUACCACCGAAAAGGCUAAUGAGCAUCUCGCAAAUCUAAUGUGGAGUGGAACUCCCAAUAUUGCUGGACCUUACAAUCUCAAAGCAUUGUUUGAACUUUGAACACAAAUAAAUGUAAAUUUUAUAAGAAUUGAGUGAAUAAUAUAUGUUAUUAUUAA